AUGCCCCCUGGUGAACUUCCGGCCAGCCUGGUCGCAGGCAAGCCCACUCCAACACUGAAUACUGCUGGUUAUGGAGGCAGCUAUUCCAAAAACACACCUACCUCCCCCGAAGACAGUUUGAUACCAUUUGACUCCCCUACUACGCGCACAGGCGGAAAUCAUAGUCCACUGAGCCAGGAGGAUAGGUCCAGUCGAGGACUGGAACCUGAGCAACCUGGGUAUCGAGAGCGCUCAAAUGCUCGGGACCGAUCUCGAACCAAUGGAAGAUCCCACAACAAGUCACCGGGCUCAUCUCGUAUCUGCCAGAAGUGCAAUGAACCAUUGACUGGUCAAUUUGUUCGAGCGCUAGGUGGUACAUUCCAUCUGGAAUGUUUCAAGUGUCAAGAUUGUGGUGAGAUCGUCGCUUCCAAAUUCUUCCCCGUUGACUCAGAAGACCGGAGCGUCCAAUUCCCCCUCUGCGAGACUGAUUACUUCCGACGACUCAACUUGCUCUGCCAUGACUGCGGUGGCGCUCUGCGUGGCUCCUACAUCACCGCCCUGGAUCGCAAAUACCACAUUGAACAUUUUACUUGCUCAGUAUGUCCGACCGUAUUCGGCGCACAGGACUCUUAUUACGAGCAUGAAGGCAAAGUCUACUGCCACUUUCACUAUUCGACCCAAUUUGCGCAAAGGUGUCAUGGAUGUCAUACCGCGAUUCUCAAGCAGUUCGUGGAGAUUUUCCGCAAUGGUCAAAACCAACAUUGGCACCCGGAGUGUUACAUGAUUCACAAAUUUUGGAAUGUGCGAUUGUCCCCCGCCGGUGCGGCUUGGGAAACACCUCCAUUCGACGAAGAUGUCAGUGCAGAAGAGCGCGAACGUAUUCGCCAAGAGGAGGAUACAAUGGAGGAGAAAGUUUACAAUAUCUGGAGUACGCUGUCAACAUUUGAGGAAUCCUCGGCGGCUUGUAUCUCAGAUAUGCUUCUGCACGUCAGCAAUGGCGUGUAUAUUGAUGGUGUGCUUGUGGCCAAGAGAUUCAUCGCACAUGUUGAGGUACUUUUUACCGCAGUCGAUGAGUUGGCUGCCUUCAUCAAGUCCGAGGGAGUAAAGGAACUCUCGUUUGGUCGGGAAGCCAAGCUACUCUGCAAAAAGAUCGUGGCAUUCUUCGCUCUUUUGUCAAAGACUCAAGAAACUGGGGUCCGCAAAUUAGGUGUCACACAGGAGCUGCUCUCACUGGUGACUGGUCUAGCCCACUAUCUUAAGCUUCUCAUCCGUAUUGGUCUUCAGGGUGCCUUAAAGCUGGAACGGGAGAAAUCAGCCCCAACCGGCUUGCAUGAGUUCUUAGGACAUCUUGCGCAAGCAGAAGCCCUUACACCCCCAGAGGAUGACGAAGGCCCCGUUGACCUGAAUGCUGGAGUGGAAGGCCUCGCAGAUCAAUUGUCGGAUUGCUGUAUCCAAUGCAAGGAACCUAUCGACGAUGAGUGUCUUCUGCUGGGUGACAAGAGAUGGCAUCUUAAGCCACCUCAUCUGUCAUGCUCUUCUUGUGAAAAGGAUUUGAGCUCUGAUCUUCCCGAUGCACUCUGGAGCGAGAAUGAAAAGAGCAUAUAUUGCUCCGCCUGCGCUGAUCAGCAUAACGUGGCAUCGGAGGCCCGAGGUGGCUUUGUUCAGGUGACCAAGCUUCAGCAAUUCGUGUUCCUAUUAAGAGUUGCCCUAGCCAGACUGCUCGAGGUCCUUCGAGCGGGAGGCACACUACCUCACACUUCAGAUGACCCCAAUCUCACUGAUUAUCAAAACAAGGAGGGCCAUCGACCCCAGGGUAGCGAGCCUCGUCGGUCCAACACCCGUUCCAUGUCAUACAGCGCAGGCGGCCGCGAUGGGUUUGCCGAGUCAUCGUUGGAACAGACUGUGGGUGAGAUGCGCCGACUUCGGUCGAUUCGUAACGAGCGAACUUUAUCCACAACCUACAAGAAGGCACGCGCGUCCCGAAUUAUCGACGGUCCGGAGGGUAGAAGUGCUCGUCCAGGAUCAUCAGGCAACGACGGUACUGAUCCACGAGGUCCUGGCUUCCAAAUUGUGGAAGAAAGGGAUGCCAACGGCGAGACUGUGAAGGAUUUGACAUUCGGAGCCCAGGAUGCGCUCACCUUGGAUGAUAUCCCCCGUAUUGUGGCCGCCGAGCAAGCCAAGGAGCAACGACCAAACGCUUACAGACAUGCUGGCUCAAAACUCGUCUUGCCACAGGACCCUAUGCCUGUUUACAAGCCCGGUCAUCAGCGUGAUAUCUCACAUGGCAGAUUAGAUAUGAUUCUGGAGCCUGCCACACGUACAAAGCGAUACUUUUCGGAGCUUACGGCCCUGGAAUACUUUAUCGUCCGUCAUGUUGCCGUCCUAUCCAUGGAACCUCUGCUUGAUGGUGAAUUCAAUAUGGAAGAGCUGUUGUCUCUUAUUGAGUCUCGGAAACCGACCGUGUGGAACAUCUUCGGGCGUGCUUUCAAGGAUAACAAGAAGGCUGGGAAGAAGAAGGGUAUCUUUGGUGUUUCUCUAGACUAUUUAGUCGAAAAGGAGGGAACUGAAUCUAGCCAUGGUGUUGGCCCUGGCGCUUUGCGUAUCCCAACACUUGUGGAUGAUGCCGUAUCUGCCAUGCGUCAAAUGGACAUGUCCGUCGAAGGUGUUUUCCGAAAGAACGGCAACAUUCGACGCCUCAAGGAUCUCGCUGAGCUUAUUGACAAGAAGUAUGACCAGGUUGACAUGACAAAGGAGAACCCCGUCCAAAUUGCAGCGCUUUUGAAGAAAUUCCUUCGUGAGAUGCCGGAUCCAUUGAUGACCUUCAAGCUACACCGUCUUUUCGUUGCUGCGCAGAAACUGCCCGACCCCGAGACGCAGAAACGAGUGCUUCAUCUCACGUGCUGUCUUCUUCCCAAGGCUCACCGCGAUACCUUGGAAGUGCUCUUCUCCUUCCUCAACUGGACAUCAUCCUUUUCGCAUGUAGAUGAAGAUUCCGGAAGCAAGAUGGACAUCCACAACCUUGCCACAGUGAUCACACCGAAUAUUCUUUACCCCAACACCAAGAACAGCACUGUGGAUGAGAGUUUUAUGGCCAUCGAAGCGGUCAAUGCCCUCAUAACGUAUAACGAUAAUAUGUGCGAGAUUCCUGAGGAUCUACAAUCCAUUCUCAGCGAUCCCACUCUUUUCAAAGAAAAUGCUGAAGUGACAACCAAGGAGAUUCUUAAGCGAUAUGGAGACAUCGCCCGUGGAAGCUUCUCAACCCGACCAGAUAAUGGCGGCGAGACCUUUACCAUCACUAAUUCUAACCGACACAACACUCCGACCUCGGCUCGCAUCGAGACCGACCCGUCUCAAGAUACAGCUUGGCAGAUGCAAAGCUCUGUUCGCCAUGUGCCUGGACCGAGCGGUCACGCCCACUCCUCCAGUGCUGCUCCCCAAGCCGGUCUAGACUUUGGUCCGCCAGAGCCGAGCUACCAGCGCGAACGCAGUGCUAGUAACAGCAGCCAACAAAACCCCGAUGGAACGUCUCAAAAUCCUCCGUACCGGCCGCGUCCUAGCGCAGGUGCCAUGGGCGUUACAGGAUAG